AUGGAGGCUCCGAAUAGGUCUUCAAUUGCCAUGUCUUCCAAUGAACAACAACCAGAAAAUUCCACGCCCUUCAAGCGGCCUGCAGCCGCCUCGUCAACCGGAGAGCCCGCCGCGAAGAAGAGGGCCAAGUACACCACCAACGCAUGCAAACAAUGCCAGAAACGAAAGCUCAAGUCACCCAACUCGACCACGCGGGCCAAAGACGUGGAGGUCGAGAAGGAAUCGCAGGAAGGCACCAUUGGAGAUGACAGCAGCUCGAGAGAGAACCCCCAGAUGGAAAGCCUCGUCGAGGACAUCUCACGCCUUCAGCAACAGGUCGCCACCCUGAUCGAGGGCAUGCGCGAACUCACCGAGCGAGGCCGCAGCAGCGACUACGGCGUCGCACCCCUCGGCACGAAUCAGCAAGUGAGCCCCGCGUACUCGGCCCACGCGAGAGCGUCGAGGCACAAGAGCGCCGAGCCGAUGCAGCCGCACUUUGUCGGUCCCACGCGCCCUGCCUUCAGCCUGCGCAUCGCCGAGAUAUCCCUGACGCGCAUGGGCAUCGGGUCGAACGAGGCCCUACCGCCGAGCGCCCCGGACUCGCGCGCUGGCUCCCCGGGGCCGUCGUCGCCCGAGCCGCAGAUGGCGUCGCAGGUCGGUCUGGGCUACGAUCCCCUGCUGACCUUUGCGCCGGGAGAGAUUCUGCGCCUUCUGGACGUGUUCCAGGAGGAAGUCGAAUCCGUCUACCCUUUCAUCGAGGUGGCCCGUCUUGCUGCCGGCGCUCUCCAGGUCUUGGCCUUUCUUCGGAACCCUGAGGAGGACAUGGCGCCUUCGAUGCGGCGAGCCCUGCAAAAAGAUAUGCGGCUCAUGAAGGUUGCCAUCGCCACGGGCAUCGUCAUCGAGGCGCACGGCAGGAACGACGCGAGUACAUUGCUGACAGACUCGGUCGAGGCAGAGAUCAGCUAUGCGUCGCGUCUCAAUGUCGACCUCAAAGAGGUGCAAUUGUGCACAAUGCUCAGCAUAUACCAUUUCCACUGCGACGAGGAGCUCCUCGCCUGGCGUCUUAUUGGCACCGCCGCCCGCACAGCUCUCGAAAUGGGCCUGCACCGAAAGCAGAGCUUGGUCGAUAACUUUCAAGAGACGCACGACCGGAAUCUCGCCGUUCGGCUCUUCUGGUGCAUCUAUGCCCUCGACCGCCGCUGGUCAUUCGGCACGAGUCUUUCUUUUGCACUUCAUGAUCGCGACAUUGAUCCUGAAUUACCCGAGCCGGGCGAGGGCUUCCAAUAUCUUAGUUGUAUGGUCGCCUAUGGAAGGCUGUGCUCAAAAGUGUGGGAAGCUCUCCCCCUCUACGGCCCGUCAACAAACUGCAUCCCCAAAGACACGGUCGGGUAUCUCGACUACAUGGCGCAGAACUGGCUGGCAUCGAUACCGCGGGAACUUCAGCUGCGGCACCCACGCCUCGGCCUGGCCCCGCGCAUGCAGCCUCGCGUCACGCACCGCCUGCGCACGCUACUGUACCUCCGCGGCAACCACAUUCGCAUCAUGAUCCACCGCCACUACGUCCUCACCUCGGCAGCGAUCGAGUCGGACCUCCAGGCUGCGCGGAAUGUUGUCGAAAUUGCCCAGGACAGCCUCCAGGUGCUGGUCCACCUUAACGACAGCAGCGACAUCUACGUCCGGCAGCAGAGCGCGUUCAACUAUUUCCUCCUCAGCUCCCUCGCCGUCAUCUUCCUCGCCGUCUGCCACGCGCCCGCCACGUUUGCAGAGCCGUGCAGAGACAGCUUCCUCGCGGCGCUGCAGCUCGUCAAGGGCUUCUCCCGCCACGGCAGCGCCAGUCGUCGUCUGUGGAAGAGCAUCCGGGGGCUCGUGCCACGCGUGAAGUCGCUGGCCCUGCGAUCCGAGGCGGAGAAGAGCCAGAUGGAGCACGACAAGGAGAGGCAGGCCGGCCUCGACGACGCGCAGGCAGACGUCGAGACGGCUGUCGAGCACACGUACAACGGCGGCGGCAUGGAGAAACAGCCCUGGCAGGACAUGUGGCCGCCGAUGGACGAGGAUGUCAGCCCCGGGCUCAGCAGCUCGAUACCGGAUGCCUUCCACAUGAGUGUCGACCUGAUGAGCCUGUUCGACUCGUUCGGCAUGCCGCCGGACUCGGCCAUGGCGACGGGGUCUUUUGAGGGCAUGGUACCGAUGGAGGGUGCGGAUGAGAUUUCACGGCGGUUUCAGGGCCUUAUAUGA